UCAAGAGUCGGUAAAUGCAUAGAAUUUAGAUAUGGAUGAUGUCAGUUGAAAAAAAAUAUAUGUAUAUUUGUAAAGAUUUCUGCCGCGCGAAAAGAAAGUAGCAACUUAAUCUUCAAAUUUACGCUUAAGGGGCUUUCUGAAGAUGGUAAGAAGCAGGAUGAAACCAAAACAUUACAGGGGUCAGAAAUAUGAGAGUCUGAGGAAAAGACAAAUGAAGAUAAAGAAGCCAUUUAAUGACCCCCUGUUUCCAGAUAUAAAAUCAAGUAUUGGUAACACUGAAUCUAUUCCUGACAAUUUAGAAUGGAAAAGGCCAAGUGAAUUAUGUGAUCAGCCUUGCCUGUUCAGUGAAAAUGUGCUGCCAGAAGAUGUGCUUAAAGGACAACUAAGCAGCAGAUGGUUUGUGUCAGCUUGUGCUGUUUUAGCUGGAGUCGGAGAGUUACGUAACAAGGUUGUUCCAGAUUACUCAAAACAAGAAUGGAACCCAAACAAAACAGAUGAAUAUGCAGGAAUAUUUCACUUUCAGUUUUGGAGGUUUGGUGAAUGGGUAGAUGUUGUUGUAGAUGAUCUUCUUCCAACUGUGAAUGGUACUUUAUUAUUCACUCAUUCAACAAAGGAGAAUGAAUUCUGGAUUCCACUUAUGGAAAAAGCAUAUGCAAAGCUACAUGGCUCAUACGAUGGUCUUCAUGGGGGACAUAUGGCUGAUGCCCUAGUGGAUUUCACAGGGGGUGUAUCAGAAAUUAUAGACAUGAGAGCAAAUGAGUAUGCUGACAGUCAUGAUAAACGUUCAUCACUAUUUGAUAUACUUUCUGCUGAAAUGAGAAAUCAUUCCUUGGUGUGUGCUGCAUGUACAGUUCUGAAUGAAGAAGAAUUUGGUACCAGAACAGAUAUGGGUCUCUGCAGAGGAACUGCCUAUGCUGUGACAGCUGUCAAAAAAGUUUAUUUGGGAGAAACAAGCCUGAGGAAUAUUUUCAAAGGACGUGAGAAGCUCCGAAUGGUUCGACUUCGAGAUCUGCUUAAUGAUAAGAUCAAGAGUGAGACAGAGUCCAAAGGUGAAGAUGGUGAUACACGAAGUAAUAAAGAAUACGCUUAUACAACAUCUCAAUUAACAAGGCUCCUGUCAUCAUCACCAGAAUGGUCAAAGGUCAGAGAAUCUGAAAGAGAUAGAAUGGGGCUAGCUCUAGAUUAUGAGACUGAAUUUUGGAUGCCAUUGGAGGAUUUUGUGAGAAAUUUUAGUGAGCUGACUAUAUGUCGUCUCUAUAACACCAAUAUAUUUGCUCUGUCACAAACGUGGAAGGAGGAGUCAGUAAGAGGAGAAUGGACGACUGGAGUUAAAGGCUCCCUAUCUGACAGAGCUGGUGGAAGUUCUGAGUUUCCAGAAACAUUUCUUCGGAAUCCACAGUAUUUAUUUGAUGUACGGGAUGAAGAUGAAAUAGUUCUGCAGAUGCUUCAAUGGGAUACAGCUUCUGUGCAUCAAGUAGCAGGACUUCAGAAACUUUUGAUUGGCUUCAACAUUAUCAAGGUUGAAGAAAACCGCAAAUACCGCCUUCACAAGCAAUGGGAACACAAUCCAACUAUUGUAUCAUUUAAUUACAUAAGGAAAAGGGAGAUUUUUUACAAAGGACAUUUGCCUAGAGGACGUUACAUCUUGAUUCCAACAACACUGAAACCAGGAGACACAGGAGGCUAUUUCGUUCGAAUUUUCUCUACCUCAAAUAUUAAAUUACGGACAAUAAAGCGGGAUGUACCAUACAAAACAUGUUACUGCUGUAAAUCAGGAUAUCCUGUGUGGGUUACAGUGGUCUAUGUUAAAGGAGCUGAAGGCCUUAAGAAAAUGGACAGAAUUGGUUCAUGUGAUGCCUACUGCAUAGUGAAAAGUGAAGGCAAGAAAGCAAAGACACACAUGGAAAAAAAUUCCUUGAAUCCCACAUGGAAUUCUACUUUUGUCUUCUAUCGCAGCUCUGUUGAUGAACCUGUAAUAAUCAAGGUCUUCAAUCAUAACUCAUGUUUACCAGAUAACUUCAUGGGACAAGUCAAGUUACCAGCCACAGUGAAUCAGCAUCCAAGCCCUAUUACUGUUGAUUUAAUGGGAAAAGGAAAGAAUGAAGGACAACCAACAAAGGGCUCACUAAUGCUUGAAAUAUUCACCAAUGACAAUUUAAUGAUGGUUUAAUUGUGUCUUUCCAUAGCUUAAAAGUGAUGCUAAGCCCUCUUAUGACCAAAGAUCUCUCUCUCUCUCUCUCUCUCUCUCUCUCUGUGUGUGUGUGUGUGUGUGUGUGUGUGUGUGUGUGUGUGUGAGAGAGAGAGAGAGAGAGAGAGAGAGAGAGAGAGAGAGAGAGAGAAAGAGUGUUGAGUUUAUCUCCUAUGCAAAACAUUUCCCUUACAAAUGCUUUUUAAGUGUGUAAUGACUACAAGGCUAAAUUCUUUGUUAUCAGUUAGCUGUAAUUGUAUCAUCAUAAGCCAACUGUCUGUAUUUCAUAAAAAUGUUUAUUCAUAUGCACAAUCACAAAAUGCUGUGCCUCUCAAUAAAUAUUUUUGAAAACUUUUCAACCACAAUAGUCUCCAGUAUGACAAUAUGUCAUACUUAGCUGAAGUGUUAAUUUAGUGAUAAGUGGUGGUAAAUGCCCUUUUCACAACAGUAAAAAAACAUAUGCAAUUAAUUGUUCAGAAUAUUCAUGUUUACCAAUAUUUAGAUAAGAAACUACUUCCGUCUGGUGUGUUUUCAGACUGUCGCAUUGUCAUCUUACCAUUCAUCUGAUUAUUGGUGAAAAUGUGUUCAAAAAAUAAGUGAAUAUAGCUUGUUGAGCUGAUAUCAGUUCUCAAUACUUUGUGUUAAUUACAAUUUUUAUGUACCUGUAUCUGUAAAAUUCCCUAUUCGAUAUAUUUUUGAAUGUGACUCACUGAUAUAUCUGAAAUAAUCUACACAGAUAAUGAAAUUUAUAACUUUAUGUAGCUUAAAGUUUACUAGUAUCCAAACUGGCUUUUGUUACAGUUUGUUUUACAACUUGUGCCUAUAUGCAUGGGAGGAAGAUCUAAAAACUGGUGUCAGUUUGUACAAUUUGUAUGAUGAAGUUGAGAAUUAUACAUACAUGUUGCAUUAAUAUAUGCAAGGAAAAUGUUAUAUAUAGACAUAAAUAAUUCUUGCCUCAAGUGUGUUAUUGUAGUAACAGCACUUCUUUUAGGAGACUGAAUAUGUGUGUUGUUAUUUUUCCCAGUAAGUUUAUUUCUGUUACUGAGCCUUCCUCAGUGUACAAUAAGUCACAUUAAAAUGACAAUCAGCAGACAUUAGAUAUGGAAAUAGUGAUGUGAAAAUUUUAGAAAUUUUAUGUAAAAGAAAUAAGAUAAUAUAGAGGAAAAACAUUGGCUGCAAUUGUGAUAACUGUAUGUUGUAAAAAGUUGGACUAGCCAAUGAAGAUUUUGCGUAAAGUAAUGGAAUUGAAUAGCUAAACUUACUCUGUGGAAGAGGGAGUCAAAUAUUAAAGUAAAGAAAUAAUGAGUUUCAUGUUGGGGAAAGUGUGGCCAGAGGAUAGAAAACACCAACUUAAACUAAUGCAGAGGAGGAAGAGGGGGAGGGGGGGUAACAGAAGAGCAUUCUGAAUAAUAGGUAUGAAAAGACAAUAUAAAAAAGUGAAGUGAGAUAUUGCAUGACAGUUCACUAUUUGACACAAGGACACUGUCACAUCUCCUAAACAAAAACAUUUACAAGCAUCUUUUGAUCUUGAUGAGAUUGUCUAAAAGCGUCAUGCACCACAACCUGAAGAGAAUAACAUUACAUGAGUCCUCUCCAUAAUCUGUGUAUGAUGUCCUGCUACAUGUUUAGCCACUACUCAAUAUUACUGCAGUGUAUUUUACAGCCUCAAAUGGAUUGGACUCUGCCCAGUUCAUCCCACUUCACACAGUACUGAAAAUGGAAAAUAAACCUUAGAAAGCUGUGAUUUUCUAUACUAGCUACAUUGUAGUAUAAUUUUCAUCCUCUGAUUUAUUAUGUGUAAAAAAUGAUUACACUCUAAGAUUCUCUCGUCUUAUCAUUCACUUAAGAGUGGAGUCAUUGCUUCUCAUUUCUAGAUUUUUUAUGGUUUUGUUUCUGUGCUUCAUUCUCCCUCUAGCUUCUUGCUUUUCCAAUUUUUAGGUAUUGGCCUACCUUUAUACUCUCACUCCCUGUCUCUCAAAGUAGCUAAUUAUCACUGCAUAUUUUAUUUAUUUAGCAUAUGACUGCAAAGUGCGCAAUAAUAUAAAAUUAAGCAUAAAAAUUAAAUUUGUGACUGUGUAUCUGUAGUAAUUCACAGACCAAAGACUAAGUUCACAAUUAAUCUGAUCACUAGCAGAGAAACUGAAAAGAAAUGUUCUCUUGCCUUAGUGUGUUGUUAUAUCAUGUGAUUAAUGUAGGAAAUGAUAGAGUGCUACUUACUGCAAAGAAGACAUGUAAAGUCGCAGAUUGGCCAAAUUAAAUUGUGUCUUUUAAUUGUGAUUGUCUGCAACGUAACAUGUCUUCUUUACAGUAAGUAGCAAUCUGUAUUUUCCUACAUUGUUGAUAUUCCUACCUGGAGUUACCAUUGUUAGAUCAUACCAUUGUCUGAUAAGUGCAGUCAUGUGACACUACUCUAUUUCCUCAAUUUAGUCACUGCCAUUCAUUCCAUUUUUUUCAUAUUCUCUUAAGAUACCACACUUCGUUGAUUCUCUUACAUGCAAUUUUUCAGAACAUAAUCCUAAAGUUUUUCUUGAACAAAUGUGAAUAUACUUACACAGGUUUCUUUGCAUUCCAAAUUGUGUUCUUUAUUAAGGUCCCUAAACUUGUUUCCAUGAUAAAUUUGCAUAUAUUUAAUUGGUGAUGCAGAUUUCAGUGAACCAUUCCAUUGGUAUACAGUUCAGGUUUUUCUGAUUUUUUUUCAAUUACUAUUGCACAGAUUGUUUUGCUGGAUGCUACAGAUGUGGUCAUAGUAGUAUUGGUUCGAGUGUUGUAGAACAAUAAGCAUGAAAUUGUGUCAAUAUUUGUUGAUAACAUCAACUUUAGAAACAUGGUCCUUUCUUAAUCGCAUUGAUGUACCAUAUUCAGCCAGAUUUCGACAAAAUUCUGACUGAGAAGCUAGUUACUUUUGCAGUCAUCCUGCAAGUGGAAGCAUAAGCCUCUUACUAAUAUUAUUUCUGUAGCUUUGCAAGUAUGUUUGGACACUACUUGUAAAAGAAGUGUGAUCCCAAGUAAUUGGAAGUAAGAUCAUGCUUGACGUAUAAAUCAUUCCAGUCCUUUGGAUGUUCCAUAGUAACUUGGUUAGUAUUCAGAUGUAAACAAGAACCAUCAGUUUUAGUAGUCAUUUGAAUUAAUCUCCAUUUUAAUAGACUGCUCUUUAUUCAUCAAGAUCUUUAUUUGACAGCUGUCUCAAGUUUUCAGUGACUUGGCCAAGUCACUUGCACAGUCACAAAUUUUUGUGAUAUGCCUGGAAGAAAAUCAGCUCUAGAUCAUCUGAACAAAGAUGGGAGCAAACAUAAGAAUGUUGUUAUUCAGCACUUUCCCAUUAGUAAAUGUGAUUAUAAACUGAAAACCUAUAGUGAAAAAAUUGUUCAAAAGCAUCAAGAAGUCUGAUAAAAAUUCAUAGUCAGGCUCAAUGUGAUCUAUAAAAUUUAUUCCUGUUCAUUUGAAGUAUUUUCUAUCAGUCUUCCAGGAAUCAGUUGAGAAUAAGAUGCUUCAAAUAUUAAUAACAGUAACUCAGAAGAGCAAGAAACAGUUUUCAGUGCAGUUCCUCAUUUUAAAGUUUCUCCAUCCCUAUAAAUCUUGCUCUUUUAAAUACUUUGUUAUGCAUGUCACAUUCAUCUUUCAGGAUAUGAUGAAAUUUUAGUCAUUGUGGCUCAUAUCAGCUAGAGGUAUACUGUUUAGUGCAGCUCUGCACCAUAUUUGCCUUCCCUGUUGAUGUUAGAGUUUGCAUAUAACUUUUUAAAUGCUUUAAUGUACACAUUAACUUGUACCCAAAAGUCUGCUAAUCUUUAUGCUUUGCUUUGGAGGUUCUCUUCUCUAACUGAUUCGUCAGUGGUCAAUAGGAAUGUGAAUUUAUAUGUUCUUUACAAUCUCUGCCCCAAGACUUGAUACAAAUGUCAAGAAAUGUGUGUUGUUCAGGGAGCCCAGUAAUCAGUAGGUCAUUUCUUGUUUCCCAUUUCUUAUAUAUUAUUUGUAAUAAUAUGUUGGUGUUAUUCUAGUUACUUUCUUUACCCAAUCCAUCAACACUUUUAUUAGGCAUUCUGCAAUAAUAGGUUUCUUAUAUACCAUCAUGCAUUUGUUUUUUAUGGAUAUCUGCUGUGUAUACAGCUGCUAUGUACUCCCUGCAGUUUACAGUUGUACCAUAGGACCAGAGCUCCUUGAAAUGUUUUUUGUCGAACCUAUCAUCCAGUAUAUUACUUGCAUCUUUGCUUUCAUGACCUGACAGUGAUUCUUUAAUUUGAAGAUUUAAUUAAGUGUCAUCACAAAAAUGUUUUCCGCUACAUUGUUCCAGUUUCUGCAUUUACACCUACAUCUACAUUUCCAUGGCUUCCCCACAACAGUCAAAAUGUAUAACUCCCAAGUAGAAGUAGUAGUAGUAGUAGUAGUAGUAGUAGUAGUAAUCUGGAGUAAGAGGGAACUUGAUCCAUGAGCCAUUCCAUUGCAUCAGAAGCUCCAUAUAACUUUUAGCCCUACUCUUCAAGUGGAAGACAAGUCUCACCUCUUGAAGAACUGACCUGUAAUAUGUGGUUAGAUAAUUCAGAACCAUUAUAGAUUCAUUUCCUUAUCACUGUCACUCAGAAGUACUGUAUCACCACCCUUUAGGCAGAUAUGUUUGUUCAUUGAGUGUACACAUCCAGGAAUGGAAAAUAUCUCUUAUUUUUAAGUGGUCUGUUUGAUUUUACCUUCAUGAUUUUUUAAAAUUUUAUAUAAAUAAAUUAUCUGUUUUGUGACAUAUUUCAUCAGAGAUGUAGUGUGUAGCUGUGUACUAAAAUGUUGUUCCACUGUAUCAUAUGGUACAGAAGUAUCUAGAGAAGUAGCUUUCAUAUGGCAUCACAGUUUGCAGUAAUGUAGAUGCUUGUCAUAUUCUACAUCUUAAAAUUUUAAUGAUAUGCCUUCCCCAACACUUUUUUUUAAUAACCAGGGUUUAAUUUCUGGUUUUUACUUUACAAUGUCUUUUGUUCUUGCAAUCUACUGAGAAUCAGGCAAAAACCUUGCUGUUCUUGACAUUUGGUAAUGUUACCUCAGAACAUUUAUAAGUUAAAAAUGCAUUGUCAGUGGCUCUGUUGUGAGUACUAUGUACAGCUUGCCAGUCAGGCUUCCUGUCCACUUUCUCUUGAUGUGUAUGCAGGAGAGGAGGAAACACUUUGAAUUUGGUAAAGUACUAAAACACACCUGUUACAGUGAUUGCUGUAAGUUGCUUAAUUCAUUUUAUAAUAAAUGAAGUCAGGGAGUCUACUUAUGCAUUAAUAUAAAAGAAUGAAGAACUAUUUUGCUUUUACUUUUAUUGCUAAUAUUUUAGACUUAAUGCUGUGAAAUAGUAAACUAAUGGUGAAUGAGGCAAAAAUAAGGACUGCAUCAUGAUUAAUUUGAUGACCUUGUAAAAGUACUGUACGAGUCCACUGCAUGGAUUACAAUUCCAACCUGCAUCAGUGUUAUAACAAUCCUUACAUAUCGUUUAUUGUACAAUAUAAGCAUAUAUAAUUUUUGUCAAUUAUGCUGCCAGACAAAUAUCAUACACACCUCUGUAUGUGUGUCAAUUUUCUUACACUAUGGUGUCUACAUUGGUUAGCCUUAUGCAGUGGAGAAGAAGCUGUACUAGUGUAAUAUUGAGUGUUCCUGCAGCAUCAAGCUUUUGUCGGUUUUUGAGCUCGCAUUUAUUUCUUAAUCUUCCAUUCUCUGUUACAUACCUUAACUGUAAUGUUGCUUGCUGGCAAAAAUUUCUAUUUUGAGAAGAAUGUUUUGUAUUUGUUAUUGUAUCUUGUCUUCUUGGACUUCCAUUAUAUACCAAAACAUUUAUAAAACCAAAUGUACAGAGGAAGUCAUAGUUUGACGUAUAUGUCAUUUAUCUUUUAGAUUUAAGUGCUAAAGGAAAUGAUCUUUUAAACUUCAAUGUGUUGCUAUUUACAAGUGCCUUUUAUCGAAACAGUGAAGAUUGUAUUUUUGUCCAUACAAAUAGAAGUGCCUUUCACUAAAAACUUAAGACAUGGUUUUUAAUUUUCAUUAAAGUGAACACUUUAUUUUGUAUGCUUUUUAUAUGCAAUAACUUUACUGACAGUUACCAGAUAGCAUAUUCAGAGAUUUAUACUGUACAUUUUUAUGUUCCACAUUUUACUUUAAUAAAAUAUCUAUUAGUUAUAUUUAAAUUUGGGUAAAGAUGUACUUUCAUACUUCCUUCCUUUCAAUUUAAUUAAGGUAUUUAUUUGCAUGGUCUUAUAGCUGGAAGUCUGGGAAAUAUUUAAAAAUUAUUGUAAAUGGCUGUUUGAUACUUACAUCAGAUCGCAGAUAUGUGUGUAUUUUCUGUUUAUAACAGGAUAAUGAAAAGGAUAGUUGUUGCUCACAAUAUAACGGAGAUGCUGAAGAAAGACACAAUAAAAGACUGGUGGAAAGUUAGCUUUCAGCCAACAAGGCCUUUUUUCUGUUUAUAAGAAAGUGUAUUGCCUAUAAGAAACCAUAAUAGCGUUGUAAACAGUUUCUCUCUGUAGCAAAAGAUUGAAAGUACUUCUUUAAAAGAAUAGAAAUGAAGAAAAUAAUAAAUGAGACUGUUCACAUUACUCGGGACCAUUUUUUGUGACAUAUUAGUGAACAUGUUUUUGACCUUAAAUUGUAUCCUCACACUGUGUGACAGGUUUAAUUAAAUUUGAUCAAAUCAGUAGCAUUGGAUGAGCACUUUUCUACAAACAAAUUUUUGCUCCCCACCAGAAAAUCUUGCAUAGGAGGUCUGUCCCAAUGUAUAUGAGACUGAUU